AUGGCGCCUGCGGCUCAAUUCUCUCGCACAGCUCCAGCCAAUCGAACGCAGGGCUGUGACGAUGUGGGCGGGGAUUCCUCCUUUCACUUCCGGGUAGCUGAAGGAGGGCGAGUGAAGGUAUUUUGACGUAUCACUUCCGGAGCGCUGUGUUCCGGCGGUGGCCCCGUCCCGGCCCGUCCGCGCCCCCGGAGGUAGGUGUCAGGAUGCAGUGGGGAGGGUGUCAGGGCGCGGCUUGCACUUUCACACUCCAGCCAUCCUCCCGUGUGAGGGCGUGGCUAACCUGGCUGCGGCCCGCCCCCUGGCCGUCAUAUCCCAGCAGGGCAGCGCCAUCAGGGUGACUGUGCCAGGAGAACCUACCUGAGGGCAGUGCCAGGAGAACCUACCUGAGGGCAGUGCCAGGAGAACCUACCCAGGAGAAAAAUCCUCCUCUGUACCUGAUCACACACCAACCCACAGCCAUGGCUUCAUUGUAUCAAUAGGAGAUCAAUAACUUCAUUAAUCAGCAGCCAGGAAUAAACCCUAUUAUGGUCCUAGAUAUUACACCCAUCCACAGCCAUGGCUUCAUUGUAUCAAUAGGAGAUCAAUAACUUCAUUAAUCAGCAGCCAGGAAUAAACCCUAUUAUAGUCCUAGAUAUUACACCAACCCACAGCCAUGGCUUCAUUGUAUCAAUAGGAGAUCAAUAACUUCAUUAAUCAGAAGCCAGGAAUAAACCCUAUUAUAGUCCUAGAUAUUACACCAACCCACAGCCAUGGCUUCAUUGUAUCAAUAGGAGAUCAAUAACUUCAUUAAUCAGCAGCCAGGAAUAAACCCUAUUAUAGUCCUAGAUAUUACACCAACCCACAGCCAUGGCUUCAUUGUAUCAAUAGGAGAUCAAUAACUUCAUUAAUCAGCAGCCAGGAAUAAACCCUAUUAUAGUACUAGAUAUUACACCAACCCACAGCCAUGGCUUCAUUGUAUCAAUAGGAGAUCAAUAACUUCAUUAAUCAGCAGCCAGGAAUAAACCCUAUUAUAGUCCUAGAUAUUACACCAACCCACAGCCAUGGCUUCAUUGUAUCAAUAGGAGAUCAAUAACUUCAUUAAUCAGCAGCCAGGAAUAAACCCUAUUAUAGUCCUAGAUAUUACACCAACCCACAGCCAUGGCUUCAUUGUAUCAAUAGGAGAUCUUCAUUAAUCAAGCCAGGAAUAAACCUAUUAUGGUCUAGAUAACCUGACUUGGCUUCAUUGUAUCAAUAGGAGAUCAAUAACUUCAUUAAUCAGCAGCCAGGAAUAAACCCUAUUAUAGAACUAAAUAUUACACCCAUCCACAGCCAUGGCUUCAUUGUAUCAAUAGAUCAAUAACUUCAUUAAUCAGCAGCCAGGAAUAAACCCUAUUAUAGAACUAAAUAUUCCACCCAUCCACAGCCAUGGCUUCAUUGUAUCAAUAGGAGAUCAAUAACUUCAUUAAUCAGAAGCCAGGAAUAAACCCUAUUAUAGUCCUAGAUAUUACACCAACCCACAGCCAUGGCUUCAUUGUAUCAAUAGGAGAUCAAUAACUUCAUUAAUCAGCAGCCAGGAAUAAACCCUAUUAUGGUCUUAGAUAUUACACCAACCCACAGCCAUGGCUUCAUUGUAUCAAUAGGAGAUCAAUAACUUCAUUAAUCAGCAGCCAGGAAUAAACCCUAUUAUGGUCCUAGAUAUUACACCCAUCCACAGCCAUGGCUUCAUUGGAUCAAUAGGAGAUCAAUAACUUCAUUAAUCAGCAGCCAGGAAUAAACCCUAUUAUAGUCCUAGAUAUUACACCAACCCACAGCCAUGGCUUCAUUGUAUCAAUAGGAGAUCAAUAACUUCAUUAAUCAGAAGCCAGGAAUAAACCCUAUUAUAGUCCUAGAUAUUACACCAACCCACAGCCAUGGCUUCAUUGUAUCAAUAGGAGAUCAAUAACUUCAUUAAUCAGCAGCCAGGAAUAAACCCUAUUAUAGUCUUAGAUAUUACACCAACCCACAGCCAUGGCUUCAUUGUAUCAAUAGGAGAUCAAUAACUUCAUUAAUCAGCAGCCAGGAAUAAACCCUAUUAUAGUCCUAGAUAUUACACCAACCCACAGCCAUGGCUUCAUUGUAUCAAUAGGAGAUCAAUAACUUCAUUAAUCAGCAGCCAGGAAUAAACCCUAUUAUAGUCCUAGAUAUUACACCAACCCACAGCCAUGGCUUCAUUGUAUCAAUAGGAGAUCAGUAACUUAAUUAAUCAGCAGCCAGGAAUAAACCCUAUUAUAGUCCUAGAUAUUAUACCAACCCACAGCAAUGGCUUCAUUGUAUCAAUAGGAGAUCAAUAACUUCAUUAAUCAGCAGCCAGGAAUAAACCCUAUUAUAGAACUAAAUAUUACACCCAUCCACAGCCAUGGCUUCAUUGUAUCAAUAGAUCAAUAACUUCAUUAAUCAGCAGCCAGGAAUAAACCCUAUUAUAGAACUAAAUAUUCCACCCAUCCACAGCCAUGGCUUCAUUGUAUCAAUAGGAGAUCAAUAACUUCAUUAAUCAGAAGCCAGGAAUAAACCCUAUUAUAGUCCUAGAUAUUACACCAACCCACAGCCAUGGCUUCUUUGUAUCAAUAGGAGAUCAAUAACUUCAUUAAUCAGCAGCCAGGAAUAAACCCUAUUAUGGUCUUAGAUAUUACACCAACCCACAGCCAUGGCUUCAUUGUAUCAAUAGGAGAUCAAUAACUUCAUUAAUCAGCAGCCAGGAAUAAACCCUAUUAUGGUCCUAGAUAUUACACCCAUCCACAGCCAUGGCUUCAUUGGAUCAAUAGGAGAUCAAUAACUUCAUUAAUCAGCAGCCAGGAAUAAACCCUAUUAUAGUCCUAGAUAUUACACCCAUCCACAGCCAUGGCUUCAUUGGAUCAAUAGGAGAUCAAAAACUUCAUUAAUCAGCAGCCAGGAAUAAACCCUAUUAUAGUCCUAGAUAUUACACCAACCCACAGCCAUGGCUUCAUUGUAUCAAUAGGAGAUCAAUAACUUCAUUAAUCAGCAGCCAGGAAUAAACCCUAUUAUAGAACUAGAUAUUACACCAACCCACAGCCAUGGCUUCAUUGUAUCAAUAGGAGAUCAAUAACUUCAUUAAUCAGCAGCCAGGAAUAAACCCUAUUAUAGUCCUAGAUAUUACACCAACCCACAGCCAUGGCUUCAUUGUAUCAAUAGGAGAUCAAUAACUUCAUUAAUCAGCAGCCAGGAAUAAACCCUAUUAUGGUCCUAGAUAUUACACCAACCCACAGCCAUGGCUUCAUUGUAUCAAUAGGAGAUCAAUAACUUCAUUAAUCAGCAGCCAGGAAUAAACCCUAUUAUAGUCCUAGAUAUUACACCAACCCACAGCCAUGGCUUCAUUGUAUCAAUAGGAGAUCAAUAACUUCAUUAAUCAGCAGCCAGGAAUAAACCCUAUUAUAGUCCUAGAUAUUACACCAACCCACAGCCAUGGCUUCAUUGUAUCAAUAGGAGAUCAGUAACUUAAUUAAUCAGCAGCCAGGAAUAAACCCUAUUAUAGUCCUAGAUAUUAUACCAACCCACAGCAAUGGCUUCAUUGUAUCAAUAGGAGAUCAAUAACUUCAUUAAUCAGCAGCCAGGAAUAAACCCUAUUAUAGAACUAAAUAUUACACCCAUCCACAGCCAUGGCUUCAUUGUAUCAAUAGAUCAAUAACUUCAUUAAUCAGCAGCCAGGAAUAAACCCUAUUAUAGAACUAAAUAUUCCACCCAUCCACAGCCAUGGCUUCAUUGUAUCAAUAGGAGAUCAAUAACUUCAUUAAUCAGAAGCCAGGAAUAAACCCUAUUAUAGUCCUAGAUAUUACACCAACCCACAGCCAUGGCUUCAUUGUAUCAAUAGGAGAUCAAUAACUUCAUUAAUCAGCAGCCAGAAAUAAGGGUUAAUAUAUAUAUAUAUAUAUAUAUAUAUAUAUAUAUAUAUAUAUAUUUAAUAUCUUUAUUGUAAUAUUUUAAUGUUGGUGUUUUUAUAUAUAUAUAUAUAUACACACACACACACGCGCGCAAUUAUAUAUAUGUGUGUGUGUGUAUAUAUAUAUGUAUGUAUGUAUAAAUUUAAUAUGCAUUUAUUAUAAUGCAUUUACAGGGAAUUUACCAUUUUAGGCAUUAACAUCGAGCCUGAAAAUAUUGCUGACUGAGGAAACUUUUCCUAUGACACUAUUUUUGCCUACAUCUUGAAAUUCACUGAGAAUUCCUGAUAAAUCGCAUUAGUGAAUAACCCUUAGUAGGUGAAAUGUAUAUACCGGUAUAUUGGUGCUGUUUCUGAUAUUAAAUUUAUAAUUUUUUUGCAAUAUAUCGUUUUUAAGAUUCUCUGUCACGUUAAGUACCUUAACUCAAUUGAUUCUUAUUUACUUCCGUUCUCUCAUUCUAUUCUUCUUUUCUCUACUGUUAUAUUCUCUAGUAGGGUACUUAGCCUUUUUUUUUUUUUCUAUGCCUAGCAAAAUUGUGCAGAGACCCCAGUAUGUGUCAUAGCCACUAUAAGUGUAGAUAUAUAGAAUAGAGCAACACGUUUUUAGGUUAGCCAUAAAUAAUUUACCAUUAAAUAUUUACAGGGUUGAUUAAUAAAGUGAAAAUUGCUGGGAAUUUAAAUUCAAAAGGUAAACCAACAUGAAGGCAACUACUACACCCUGACCUGUAAGUUACUUCUCAUAGAAUUCUUUCUAUUUGCUUGACCUCCCUCUUAAAAAUCAGACAUACAGGAGGAAUGCAAGGUAGAGGCCAGCAUGUUUGCAGUUUCUUAGUUCACCUAUUGCAUGGUGCUGCAGAAUGUAAAUAUUUUCUCAAAAUCGAUAUAGCACUGGGAAACUUGCCUAACAUGAAACUGCAAAGUAAAAGCAUAAACCCAUUGUAACUAGUUACACAGAUAAUAUUGAAAUGUUAUUUUUGAUAACUGUAGCAAUAUAAAGUGCUAUUUUUCAUUAUGCAAAGUUUUUUUUGUGUAUUCCAAAACAAUCAAAAGAUAUGGAUCCCUACUGGAUGAGCAGGCAUCAUCACGCAAGAUGUCCAGUAGAUGUCUGUGGUACCUUAUUUUGCCUGCAUGAAAUUAACUAAAUCUCACGCAGGCAGAAUAAGGUAUAAAGAUCUCACAGGAUCCUCCCUAGACAUUGUGUUGCACUCUUACACAUGUUCAAUGUACAGUACAGUACUGAUGAUGGUUCUUGGCAGAUGAAGAUGCCAAGAGUCAUACAAAUAUGGAUGGAAGAAGAUAGUGGCACCAACUUAUAAUAUGUAAUUUUUCCUAUCUGCUCCCCUCAGAAACCUCAAUGCAAGCGUACAUGUCACCAUGUGGGAUCUUUACAAAAAAAUGCAAAUAACCUAAAAGUGAGUUCUGCUUUAAUAAUAAUUUUUAUAUCUUUAUUGUUUGAUGUCGUCUUAAUUACAUGCCCCUUUUUGUUUAUCAGAACAAUUUGCACACAUAAAGUGCACCCAGUAUACCUAGUGUGUGGUAUAUGUAGGAGGCAUUUUGUAGCAAAUCGGAAUUUGAAUGACAAGCAAGGCUAAAAUAGUCCGUCCGGAAUAUUUUUCCAACUCUACAUGACUACAUGAUUACUUCAGUAUGAUUUUAGUAUAUUAAUUUAAUGCAAUGUUAGGUGAAUAAACCCCUUUGUGUUAUGUAUGCAGUAUUUUUCUUCUGUUUUCUGUUUGUUUGUUGUUGUUGUUGUUGUUUUUUGGGGGGUGGAGGUUAGGUUAUGGGCCAUGUUUUAAAUUAUUCUGCAUUCCUGAAAAUUAGUACAAUUGACAGGUUAAUAUACUUUUUACAAUAACUGUAUAUCCAAGCACAGGGUUAUGCGCUAAAAUGUGAUUUUUAUUAUUUUCCUUUUUUGGGGGGGGGGGGGGGGGCCUAGGUUUGGAAUUUCAAGGAUAUGCGAUUGACAUUAUGUUGAACUAAUUGGAAAUGCCAAUGCCACAAAUAGUUAGGCCUCACAACCCAUCUACAAGGAAACAUUUGAUAUAUUUAAUUUAUAUAUUUCCUUAUUCGUGCGCAAAUAUUAUUUAAAGGGACACUCCAGUGCCAGGAAAACAAUCCGUUUUCCUGGCACUGCAGGUCCCCUCUUCCUCCCACCUCCGGUUGCUGAAGGGGUCAAAACCCCUUCAGUGACUUACCAGAGGCAGCGACGAUGUCCCUCGCCACUGCUUCUUGGUCCGCCCAUGCUCCUCCCGUCCCCACGUCAUCUGGCGGGGGAGACAGAUGCCGCCGGCGGAGACCUAAUGCGCAUGUGCGUCAAUGCCGCGCAAGCGCAUUAGACCUCUCCAUAGGAAAGCAUUGGAAAUGCUUUCCUAUGGGGAUUUUAGCAACGCUGGAGGUCCUCACACAGGAAGUGGCAUCAGGAAGUGCCCUAGUAGACAGCCACUAGAGGAGGAGUUAACCCUGCAAAGUAAUUAUUGCAGUUUAUAAAAACUGCAAUAAUUAUAGUUGCAGGGUUAAGGGUGGUGGGAGUUGGCACCCAGACCACUCCAAUGGGCAGAAGUGGUCUGGGUGCCUGGAGUGUCCCUUUAAGCCGCAAUAUAUUUUUGGAUACACUUUUGAACAGAUUUUUCCAAAUAUGAAAUCAUUAGAAAAGCUUAUCCAAAAUUAUUAAAUUGAGACCUAAAUUGGCAAAAGGAAAUUUAAGGGAACAUUUCAAUGGACAAUUUGGUGUUUUUUCUUUUUUUUUUUUUAACAAUUUAGUAGAUCUAACCCCAUUGAAAACAUGCAACCUGGGGGCGCAGCAACUACAAAGGACUCACCGAACCCCCAGAAUACUCUUUCACGAAAGCGGAAACUAAAAUGGCGCCAGCAGAGGAGAGCACAUGGAGGCCUGCUUGGGAGGCACACUUCAAUGCAGCCUUUGACAAAAUCUGCGCAGCGUUCUGGUGCCAGAUUGAAUCCAGAUGCAGCCACCGCUGAACAGGCACCAGCAAACAACCCGAACUGUCCAGCAGCCCCCAAGUCAGGAGACGUACCGGGCGCAGGGCACUAGUGUUCCAGCACGACGCACCACCCACACUGCUGCGGAUAUGACCGCUCGCCCUUCAUCUGAGCUGGGCGCUCACCAGGAGGAACACCUCCACAGCCUGCCAUAACCCCAGGGAGAAGAUCGGUACCCGUUGGAACCCUGGGCCCACAAUCCUGUUGAUGGGAUCACUGGACCUCUGGCACGAAAGAAACCCACAAGGCUACCAUCCUGAGACUUAGCAGACAAGCUCCCAGCAGCCAAACAGCAUUCACACCUUGCGGAGUGGGCUGAGUACACUGAUAGACACUAAAGGACAUACUAGCUAGUGCCUGGUGACCUUAUUGGCGCUUGGCUAGGACUUGGGCCGGUAAUCUUAAUAAUGCCUAUCGAUAGCACCAUAAGAAUGUUCCUGCAUCCGGAGCAAUGCCACCCAUUACCUCCUUUACCUAGCUUACCACAACCCCAUGAGGUUUCUUGACAAGCAAGUAAUAUAAUAUAACACUGUUUAAAACAACGGUUAGCCUUAUCGGUUUACUUAUGACACGCUCUGCACAUAAUGCACUAUGCCUGCCUCCCCUCAUACUUGCUUUAGGAUAAGAGCAGUCAGAGUAAUCUCUCACUAAGGCAUUCUACAGUUAAGUUUUAGCCUGUGUAAAUAUGUUUGACCGUUGUGAAACUGUAGCAGCUUCUCGUUACUCUAAUCUGAGCAUUUAACCUGUUUUGCUGCAAGCUUAAAAUGCUAUGCUUAUAAGCACUGAAACAGAACCUGAGUUGUUUUAAUAUAUAGCAUGCUUAAUCAGUUAUAUUGUACACAUGAACACUACCAUUUGAGCAAUCAUUAAUUAACCCUUGCACCCAUUUCCUGAACAAAUGCUUGUGUUAUUAUGGUACGCUUAAUUAAUAUAAAAUGAGGCUGCCUCUCAUAGGACAACAUUGUUGUGUGAGCUCAAUCUGUAUGGAAAACGUAUAUCCCCUCUUCUUUAUUCUGUAUCCCAUUUCACAAAUGCCUCAAUAAAAGAAAGAUUGAAGAAAAAAAAAGAAAAGAAAACAUGCAUGCAAUGAAAACAGCUUGAAAAAGUUGCAGAUCUGCUGUCUGCAACCUUUGUGAGCCCUCGUUUGACCCCCCCCAAUGAAAUGACCAGUUAGAGGUUUCUUAUUGAGAAGCCUCUGAUUUUGAGUGAUUUCAAUUCAAGUUCUCUAGGCUGAAAGCCAUGGAGUCUGGACAGGGCUAAAGUUGGCUUGUGGGGCGCACUGACCGGUACACUUUUAAUUUAGGGAGAAGGCAGGCACAUUCUAGCUGAGAAUGCAUCCCACUUUUAUUAGCUCCAGCCAGGAAGGUGCUUCUAAAAUGAUUUAUAAAAAUACAGAUUUAAAAUAGAAAUGAGCAGUUUUUUUUUUUUUUUUUUUUUUUAAACUGCAAUUAAGAGGAAAUGCUCCUUACACAUAAAGCUCUUUAGCAAACUGAAGUCCUUUAUGUGCCUCGAGUGUCCAUUUAAAUUCACAGAGGUCUUAUUACUGAACAAAUACUAUUAAGCUAAUGACAAAUAGAUUUGUUGGAAUAUUUCAGCCUUAAUGAUUCCCUAGGACUUUACUGAUCCAGGAAAAAGCUGAUAUAAAGAUGUUAAUAAUAAAAUGGCCUCCAGUUGAAAGAAAAAUAAAUCCUUUGGAGCUUAUCUGACAAACCUUUUAUCGGUACUGUGCAUACUAUCCAAUCCAUGAUUUUUUUUUUUUUAUUAUUGGAUUCUAUCAUAUGCAAAGCACAGCCUGCCAUUUGAUGCAGAUCACCGAUGCCAUGUGUACGGGCAGAUAAACACACGUACUCAGGGCUGUGAGGUUAGAAAAUAAUUCAUGCUCCCCUGACCACGAGUGAACGCUUUGAAACCAUAUCUAAAAAUGUUGCAGAGGUAAGUGUGCUUUAGACUUACCUUUGCAGCAAAUUUCAAUUGCACUACAGAGUGAGUGGAAGUAGAACUGUUAUGAGCAGAAAUAAUAAUUGUAAAUGUCUAUAAAGACAUACUCCUUCUGAGAAGGGCUGGGUUAACCAGUAGGCAGGAUUGAUAGCUACCUACGGGUGGCUGUCUGCUAUGGGUUCCUAUCCAAACUACAUGAAUAUAUAUGAACUCACUCUUGUGAACAACUGGUACAUUUCCUUUCUCUUUUGUCUGUUUCCCAUUUCAUAUGCCGCAAUAAAAUACAGAUUGACAAACUACAUGAAUAUGCUUUUAUAGAUUGUGUGAGCUGGUAUUUGUUUUGAGUGGUGUUUGCGUUUAUAUCAUUGAGUGAGAUAGAUUGAGAUGUCCUACUUCUAUCCUUAUGCCACCUCCAAACUUUAGAGCAAGCAUCAUCGAAGUUUAAUUGACAUGUUUUUAUUUUAUUUUUUUUAGUGGUGGCGAAAAGUAGGAGUGUCUAGGAGAUUAACUGGCCCUAGUUUUGAGUUAAAAAAUUAAGAAUAUGUUAAUAAAAAAAAUUUUAUUUAAAAAAAAAAAACUAUGAAUAUCUUGCCAAUCUUCACAGUUUUCAAAAUAAUAAACUUUGUUAAGUGUCACUAGAUAAUGCUUUAUGUAUGCAGUGGGAUAUUUAAGAUAAUGCAGGUUGAUGUAUUACGUAAAUGAUGAUUAUAAUUUUGUGUUGACUACCCACAACCUAUCAACAUAUUAUGUAGCACUAUACAGCCAUUCCUUUAACAUAGGCUCAGCUUAUUUGCUUGCAGGGAUGAAGGCAGUUUGGUUAUUAUUAGAUAAGUUCUUAGUAUGUAACUUCGCUUUGGUACCAGCUGUGCUCUUCACUCAAACUGAAUUUCAUCUUCACCAUGAUAGUGAAUCUCUGCUCCACAGAUGGUAAAUUGGAAAGAAUUCUGGUCAUUCCAUUCCAUCUUCAAGUGGAGAUAUGUUUGUAAAUGUAUUUAUUGGUUUAUAUAAUACAUAUUCACAUGUAUAUUUAAAUUCAGUAAUUACAUAUGUUGUUUUGUUUUUAUUGGCAACAGUGGUACUAUGUAAUAUUUGUACCUGACUGUGUGUAUAGACAUUAGCUUACUUUCCCAGCUAAGAGCGCUAGUAUGACAAAGGGAGUGAGGGGGUAAACUUCCCAUUGUAUGUGUGGAGUCAAAAGCCAUAAUGGUUGUCUAAUCUGAGUUUCCAAGCAAGGAUGAAAUAUGUAUGCAUCACAUUUUGACACUGUCUGUUUAAAGUAAAAGUACUAUAGUAUGCAGUUACAAUCAAGUCCCUUGUUGAAAAAGAAACUCAGGGAAAUUCUGUGUUGAUGAAUUGAGUGACAGGGAGAGCAGAAGAGACUUCCAGCUCUCCAUUAUAGCAACAACAGUGCAUGUUGUGUGGUUGUUUUGGUUACUCCCUAGCUGAUGCUCCUAGGGCUAGCUAGCAGUGUUAAUUUUGGCAGCAACUUUCAAUUGAGUUUUAGUCCUAGUCUUUUGACUAAAAAGCCAUUUUAGCUUUAGUUGUAUUUUAGUCCUCUGAAUUGUUUUAGUCGACUAAAUCUCAAAUAUUUUUUUACUAAAAUUGUUAGUCGACAAAAUUAACACUGCUAGCUAGGGACUGUUGCAACAGAGUGACUGAUGUUACUCCGUUCUGAUGUUGGCAAUGAAGUCAGAGUUAUAAGGAUGGUUUGCCCUGCUUAGGGUAUUGUCUCCAUGCAGGGUAAAUGAAAGGAGAGCAAGGGUGACCCACGAAGCUGAGCACACGGAGGUGCCAGAUUUGAGGAGAAGUGACUUUAAAUAUUUCACACUGAAUACAUCCAUAUCUAUGUAAUAAAUUCUGUAUUCAGUGUGAAUUUAUGUUAAAGUGAAUCUGACACCUCCGGCCACACCACUAUAAUAAAGUUUCUCUAAUGUAAUUUGAAAUGCUAGAAGGCAUGUGUAUUUAAUAUAUUACUUUUGGUUUCUGCAGGGUUGAGUGCCUGA